CUUGUUACAGUGGAAGCAAAGUCACUUGAGGAUAAAACCCGUGCACUUGAGGAUAAAACUCAUGCACUUGAAGAAAGAUAUUCUCAAUCUACACAAAAAUAUCGAUACCAAAAAUCAACAGAUUAUACAGACAAUCAAGCUUACUCGCGUAGAUUAUCAGUUAGAAAAGCUCAUCUUGACAAUGCAUUAAAAUUAAAAGAACAAGGAAUAGUCGUUGCGGGUGGUGGUAAAAUGGUUGGUAGCUUGAUAAUAUAUGAAGCUGAAUCUGAAGAAUUUGUUAGAAAUCUGGUUAAAGUUGACCCUUAUGUUAUUGGCAAAGUUUGGGAGAAAUAUGAAAUAUGGCCUUUUAAAAUGGCAUUGAAAAGUUAA